GAGGCGACUCUGGGUACAGUGGAGUGUCAGGAACCAAAGGCUACCCUGGAGAUACAGGAUAUUACGGAGGGAAAGGACCCAAAGGAAAGAAAGGUUCUUCUGGUGGUAAGGGGGCCCCAGGUAUAACUUUACCCCCCACGGACGUCCAGACUACCUACGGAGAUGUGGGAGGCCCUGGGCUCAACGGAGCUCCAGGCGCCAUGGGAGAAUCAGGCAAUCCCGGCAUUCCAGGCAGAGGGGGUCCUAAAGGAAGGCCCGGUGCGGUGGGGAAGCUGGGGAGGAACGGAGGGUCAGGUCUGGAUGGACCUCUGGGAGAUCCUGGUUCUCCUGGUUUCCCUGGACCUUCCGGAUCACAAGGUCUGCCUGGUAAGCGUGGUCUGCAGGGUCCCCCUGGCAGUGUGCCCGCAGCAGGAGUUGGUUUCACCCUGGAAACACAGUCAGAACAACCAGGUACCCAUGUGUCCCCAGGGCAUGUCCCGGCUGGAGGGAUACAGUCUGCUGUACGUAGAGGGGCAGGAGAAGGCACACAACCAGGACCUCGGUGAGUCACACACACACAAGCAAUGCCUCCCCCGUUUCAGCACUGUCCCCUUCCUCUACUGCACACCCAACGAGAUCUGUUACUACGCCAGCCGCAACGACAAGUCCUAUUGGCUGUCCACCACUGCGCCCAUCCCCAUGAUGCCGGUGGGAGAGGAGGCCAUCAGCCAGUACAUCAGCAGGUGCUCCGUGUGCGAGGCCAUGUCCCAGGCUGUGGCCGUCCACUCCCAGGACCUCACCAUCCCCACCUGCCCUGCUGGCUGGAGGUCCCUCUGGAUCGGGUACUCCUUCCUCAUGCACACAGCUGCCGGGGCAGAGGGCGGAGGCCAGUCCCUGGUUUCACCCGGGUCCUGUCUGGAAGACUUCCGUGCAACUCCCUUCAUCGAGUGUAACGGGGCUAAGGGUACAUGCCACUUUUUUGCCAACAAGUACAGCUUCUGGCUGACCACGGUGGAGCCUAACCAGGAGUUCAACCCCCCUCCGAUGGACACGCUGAAGGGAGGCAACCAACUCAGCAGAGUCAGUCGCUGUCAGGUCUGCAGUAAGAUCUUGUAGCCGGGAGAAGAGUCGAAGAUAGAGAGAAGAAAUGGAAAACAGAGAGACUGAAACAACAAAAGAGAGGGUGAUGAUUACUUCUCAGAAAGAAAAAGAGAGAGGAGGU